GUGGGGUGUAUGUUUCGCGCAUUCUCCGCCACAAUCUUCGAUAACUCGCAAUUUAUGAAUUAAAACAUUUAAAAACUAGUUUCAAUAACAAUAUAAAUAAUUUAAGUGCAUUGUGUUUGUGUUUAGUCGUGCGUAAAUAUUUAAAGAGUGGUGUUAGUCUGUGAACCGGAAAGCAACGUUUUUGUGUUUAGUUCGUUUCUAGAGAAUGUCGCGGCUUGGUUUGUUAAGUGCGGGGUGAGGUGAAGUGAGGAAGGGGCGCGAUGAGCGCUCCCGAGCCUCUGGUGCUGCAAGCACUGCAGGGCCACACGCAGCAAAGUGACAAGUGGCCUGGACCGCGCGCUGUCAAGAUAUACGUCGCUUCUGUUUACAAUGAGUUCCGUGAGGAGAGACGUCAAAUCCUCGAGAUGGUCGGCCCCGAGUUACAGUCCACUUACGAUGAUAGAUAUAUUGAGAUCGAAUUUGUGGACAUGCACUACGGGACCGACGGUGGUGACGAGACGAAUCCAGCUCUCCUGCGUUACCAUCUCGACGAAAUUCGAUGCUGCAAUCAAACAUCAAAGGCUGGUUACUUUCUGUGCUUUAUCGGAGGUGACACGUCAUCUUAUCAACCAGUGCUACCGUUCAAGAUUUCGUCUGACAUUUUUGAAGAACUUCUCAAAUCAGAUUCAGCACAAGCGGACCUCGUUCACGCCUGUUACAGACUAAACGGCGACGGCACCUACCACUUAGAAAGCGACGACAAAUGGUUCAGCGAUUUGCUUGAACGCGGCGAGCAGCGCAACCGUCUAUCGGAAGUCCAGAAAGCGUUUAACACGAUAGCGCUUGAAGCGGCUUCCCGUGGCGUCGACGUCACCGACUUGUUACGAAGCCCUCUCGAAAUCCAGUGCGAAUUAGCUUUAGAAUUGUUGGCUAACGGUAAUCACCCAAAAGGUUUGAUAGCGGUGUUACGAGAUGUAGCAGACCAAGAGCCAGAGGACUCUAAGCUAUCUGUGUUAGCGAACAACAGGCUAAAGAGCCUUAUGAAGAAGAUGGAAGAUGUGUUACCCGACACUCAUGUUGUUAGACUAGAGCCAACAUCAGCUGAUUCAUCAAGGACCGAUGUAGCUUCUGACAACGAGGAGAAGUUGGCACCGUUCAGGGAGAAGGUACAGGCUGUGGUAAGCUCGCUGGUCGACGACAGCCUCAGUACCGAGCCAGAUCAGGGGAAAGGAAGGAAAAAGACUGUACAGGAAGUGUUUCUGGAGCACAUCACUCAUCUUAGGAUAUGUAUAGAGAAUAAUCGUUUGUAUAAAGUUACUGUUAAGCAAAUUGAAGAGGCGGCUAAAAGUAUUCUUAGUAAUGCGAAGGAGCAUUACGAGAAUCGAACUCGCCACCCGCCGGUGUUAAUAUACGGCCCUGACGCGUCAGGGAAGAGCACGCUCUUGACACAUUUAUAUUAUAAAUGCGAAGAGGUUUUCCCGAAACCCGUUCUGAGGAUAAUAAGGUUUUCCGCCUCGACGCCGAGAUCGGCCUACAACUUGGAACUCUUGAGAGUCAUGUGUCAACAAAUAUCAAUAAUCUUGAACAUUCCCGAGGGCUAUUUGCCAAAAGACGCGAGCUUCGAUCCUUUAUAUAUUAAUAACUGGUUCCAAAGCCUUCUGAGGAGAUGCGAGGAUAUGGAAAAUGAAAUUUUGCUUAUAUUUAUUGACAACGUUCAUAGAGUGAAUCCGUUGGAAUGUGAUAUUGUGACGGGGCUGUCGUGGUUGCCGAUGUCGUUACCAAGGAACGUUUUCUUAGUAUGUACGAGUGCGGUGUCAUUAGAACUGCUGCAGCUGACACCGGCUCAAAAGGAGAAGUUCAAAGUUCAAAACUGUUAUUAUUUACUUGACGCGAUCGAAGAGACUCCAGAAAAUAAAAGCUACGGUGAUCACAUUGACGGUGCCUUCGAUAGCCUACAAGUGGUGUUCGGUUCGAAAGCUUUUAGCAAAUUAGCAAGUUACAUCACUUGUUCCGAGUUUGGUCUCACCGAGCUCGAGUUGUUGGAACUCUUGAUGCCUACGAGCAACAGCGAAGCCAUAAUAACAUUGAGAGACGCCAACUUCAAUUUUUCAACGUUGUGCGUAGCAAAGUACAUGAUGAAAACGUUGAUAAUCGAGAACGUAGUGUCUGGUCGGAACACGUGGCGGUGGCGCGCCGCGGCGGCGGGCGCGCGCGCGCGGCGGCGGUACGUGCGCGUGCAAAGCGCCUUGAGAGACGCUCAUUCGGAUCUGGCUGCGUUGCAUUUCGCCAACUUUUUGCAGGAGACUGAUGAUAAUGACACGUCCGAGGCUCAGGAAUUGGGUUGUGUCGACGACGACGACGCACUCCUGGACUCGACGCCAUUCCACUCGGCCAGCAGGACUGCUGCCGCGUUCACGCAACGCCAUGUUGAAGAGUCCUGGCUUCAUCUCCUACUUGCUGGAGACUUCUCCAAACUAAAAGACCUUACAGUGUGCAACUUUGACUUCUUGUUGGCGGCUGUACAAACGGUGACGAUAUCGUAUCUGCGCUGUAUAUUGGAACACGUUCGUUGCUACAUCCUGGACCGCGACGUGGAGCUGGUGUACGGAGCCGUGAGGAAGUCCAGCGACAUCCUCACGAGAGACCCUAUGCAGUUGGGGGCACAGAUAAUAGCGUGGCUGCGACCAGCGGUAGCAAGACGCGGCGUCCUCGCUACCUUGGUCACCGCUGCGAUGGCCUGGUGCGACGGGUACGACAAACCACUGCUGGUGCCUCUUAACGGCUGGUUGCACCCGCCGAUCGCGUCCACAGUCCGCGUGGUGUCGGUGGGCGGCGCGGGCGCGGGCGCUCGCCUGCUGCAGCUCGCGCCGUCGGGACAGCACCUCGUACUAGCGCCCUCUGCCGGCGACCCGCAGCUCUGGCACAUUAUGUCCAAUUCAAAAGUUCACACUUUUAAAGGUCACUCAGGCAGGAUACUUUGCAUGUGCGUGACGAGGGAGUCGCAAUAUCUGCUCACUGGAUCUGAAGACACUAGCGUUAUAGUGUGGGACCUCCAUACCCUAGCCAUCAAGACGAAAAUAUUGGAGCACAUAGCACCAGUUUUGUGCGUGGCUGCGAUUGUCAACAGGUCACUGGUCAUAAGUGGAGGAGAAGAUUCAUCAGUCAUCGUGAGCUCACUAGUUGAUGGGACUUUGAUUACAAAAGUAGACCAUCACAGAGGCCCAGUGACGGCAGUAAAAGUGAUCCAAGACGGCGAGAUACUAGUAACAUGCUCCCAGGACGGGACAGUUUGUACCUGGAACGUGGACAAUUCGGCCCUGCUGAGCACUGUGAACGCGGGCGCGCCGAUACACGCUAUGGACGUGACGGACGACAACGUGUUCCUCAUCACGCUACAGGGAGAGAACGAGCUGCAUCUGAGGACCUUCAUCACUGGAACUUACCUCCACAUGCUCAAAAGACAUAAAGCUAAGGUGAAAUGCUUCUGCGUGGCGCAUGACUCGUCGCGUGCUGCCGUCGGCUGCACGGACCAGCGCAUCUACCUGUACAGUCUGCACUCCGCGCAACUCCUGCGCACCUUGGCAGCGGCACACGACUUAGCGGCGUUAGCUGUGGCGGAUAGAGAUCAUUUCUUAUUAGCUGCUGGUGGCAACAGAGUGACCAUUUAUUCAUUCCACACCGAAGACAAUUUGACGAACUUCCGACCGACCAAGCAGAUGAAACGGCGUCAGACAAAAUCCACGACGAAUAUUACUUUAUUACAGGCGGAACAAAGCGAGCUGAUCCCGAUAAGUUGUCUGGAGGUGUCUAGAGACGGUCAGCUGGCGGCGAGCGGGUGCGCCCGCGGGCUGGUGCGAGUGUGGCAGCUGUCCACGCACCGCCUGCAGACCACCCUCAGCGGACACAUUGGUCACGUCACUUGCGUCACUUUCUCACCCAACAACCUGAUAGUGCUGAGCGGGUCCGAGGACAGGACGGUCGUGGUCUGGCAGUUGGCUGACAACUCCCCAUCUUUGACUUAUAAGGGUCACACGUCGGCCCUGCAAACCUUGCUGAUGAUGUCGGACGGCCGGCGCGCCAUGUCCGGCGACAGAGCUCGCAACGUGCACGUGUGGCUCGUGGACUCCGGGAUAGUGCUGCACUCCACCACGGGACCCUCGGCCACCAUCGACGUCACGCUCAAUAUGAAGUUCGCUGUCCUCUCGGACGGUGACAACUCGGUCCGCAUCUGGUCUCUCGCGGGCGGCGACAACGCGGAAGACCGCCGCGCCGUCUCCCACGCGGAGCGCAUCACUUGCUUCGCGCUCACCGCCGACUCCCAACACGUGGUCACUGGAUCCAUGGACAUGUCGCUGAAGGUGUGGAAGCUGGAUGGAGGGAAGCUGUCUCAGGUCCUAGUGGGUCACUCAGACAUUGUCACCUGCGUAGCGGUGUCUAUCACUAACAAGACUCAAGUGGUGUCCGGGUCUUGGGACUGCAACCUCAUCGUGUGGGACAUCAACACCGGCUCGGACUUACACUUACUGUCUGGACAUUUGGGCAAAGUCACCUGCGUCAAGGUUACCGGCGAUGGAACUAUUGCUGUGUCCAGUGCCGAAGACAAGACCCUUAUAAUCUGGGAGACGAAGCGCGGUCUAGCCCUCACGUCGCUGGCGCUACAUGUUCCUCUACUGGGCUUUCAAAUAACGAGCGACUGCGCAAGGAUUGUCGUCCAUCUUUUGGAUCGAGGCUGUCUCCCAAUGAUUUGCCUGCACAACACGCCGGCUACAUACGUGAAGAUACCAACCUAUGCAGCGCCAACUAAAGACGUCGAUGAGCUUCGGCCGUUGGCUCCAAAGCGGCCAAUGAGGAGGUUACUGAAGAAGGAAGUGUCGCUGGAUACGUACACGUGGCAGAAGAAGUAUGGACACCUUACAUCAGCUGCAAUGAUGGCGCAAGUCGACGAGCGGUUGAAGAGAAGGUUCUCAGUGUCUGCUUCAAUGGAAGAGAUAUCAAAGAUACAAGAGGCUAAAAACAAAGAUCUCGGCUCGCAGGUGAGCCUCGGUCCGGAAGAGGCGGCGAUCGCUCAAUCGCAACAUUUCGAUCAGUUGGAAGCGUUGUGGAACAAAAUAUCACCCCCGAGACGCCGUUCUAACAAGUCGCUGUCGAAGCAAAGCUCUUUGAUAGAGAGCCGAUUCGACUCAUCAGACGAAGAGCAUACUCCCGUCGAGGAACAAGAACACAUGGUUGAAUAAAAUUGGAGAGCAUUUAUUUUGGAAACUAAAUAUUUCACCUCAUUAGUUUAAUUAGAAAUAUAAUUUGAGCUGGUCUCUUCUGUGUAUUAUAUUUUGAAGUGUAGGUAUUUUAUUAAAGUUAUUUUUAUUUGUAAAUUUAGUGGUUGAAACAUAUGUAUUAUGUUUAAAUUAUUUAUUUAAUAUCCAAGUACAGUAAGUACAUUUAAAAUUUUCGUUAUGAUUUUGUAAAUAAUUAGCAGUAUCUCAAUUCUGCAGCCUGUAAGCAAUGUGAUCUUUUAGAUGUAGCAUGUCUAACUUCGGCACCAGUUUCCUUUAAAACUCUAAGUAUUUAGUAAAAUAAAUAUAGAAUAGCUCCCGGAGAUAUCAAAUCCUUUACUACAAAUGUGUUUUCAUCUAUUUUUAUAACCUCAUCAAUAAGUUGCUAAGAUAUGCCAGUGAUUCAAUUAAAAUAUAUUCAUUUACAUAAAAUUACUAAUAAAUGCAGACGAAGACUCGCAACACGAUUAAAUCUUCAAAAAUCAUAUAGCAAUACUCUGGUAACAACUUGUUCGGGAAUUAGGUAAAGAACUUCAAUUUUCACCUACGUCACUAAAACAUUGAAAAAACUGGUCCAUAUUUGUCAAUAUCAUAAAAUACUCAAAUUAAGAUCAAGCUAUAAUCUUUCUGAAUUCUAUGGUAGAGGUUGAUAAAGACAUUGUAGCCAGAGUGACUACUGCACGUUAUGAUAAUUAGCAACUACGUCUCAGGGUGACGAGUGACUUUGUUUGUGAGUACUCGUGAUAGUCAAUCAUACGAGCGGAUUGCUCGUCACGUCCCUUAGAUAAAGAAAGAACACAUCUUUAGCACUGUUUUGCUAAGAAUUAUAUUAUAAUUAGACCUAAAUAUAUGCGCUGUUAUUUUCAAUGUUUUCUAUCAAAACCAAAUUAGCGUUACAGUAAAUUUCGCAACUGAAAGGCAGCGUCUUUCCAUAAUUUAUAAAAGAUGAGUACCAUCCUGUAAUAUUUAUAGUAUAAUGGUCCACGUUUAUGACGCCAAUCAAUAAAAAUUCCUUUUAAGGAAUUGCACACGUUCCUCUCAAUCCUUUUUAAAAAUUCUGGAUUUUUUCACCAAUUUUCAACGUUCUCACAUUACUUUCAGAAAUAUCUUGCAUUUCUCCAUUUUCCUUAAUGUGAUUCACUUCAUAGAGAGCUGAUUUUUCUAGAAUAAUUUUAUACCAUCCCAAGGUGUUUUCAGUACUGAGUUUGUUGACUAUGUUUCACGAUCAUCGAGUACAAAUGUUAUAAUCCUUGUUCUAGUUUUACUGGCGUGUAGACAACUUUAAUGUCACAGCUUAUGCUGCUGUUAGCAACACCUACUUUAAAUAUAUAAUGUUAUCUACAUGUAGGUACUUUUAAUAUUAAGAAUACAUUACAGAACAGUUAGAUAGCAACUAUCAUUUUGGAACUUGCACAUUUAUUACAUUUACAAGUAAAUGAGAUUGUCACCUUCUAAGUGCAAUAUUUUGUUGCCAAAGUUUAUGUUUAUUUAAAGUAGCACAAUGUCAAAGAAAAUCUCGAGAUUAAUAUAAUUAUUUUAUUUAGUAAUUAAACUUUUAGUUAAAGUUAAGCUUUUCACCACAAUUUCAUUUAAGAUAAUCGUCAUGUUAAUAUUUUAAUACAGUAUUUAUUUAAGUGAAUAAAUUUUAUUUCAAUUUAAUUGAAUUAAAUUCAAAUACAUUAUGCGUAGUAAGUAAUUAUAAUAAUUAGAAAUAAUUUCCCCAAUCGAUGUAUCGUUCUAGAGUUUUCCAAACUGUGAUCCCUUAUAAAGACUUCUAUGUAAGUACACGUCAUAGCAUUCAUAAUACAAAAUGUUAUCCUAAUGAGAAUUUAGAUUAUACACUAUCUAAAUAGCUAACUUGCUUUUUUGUAUUAAUUUACACGAUAACUAUAUCCAACAACAAUUAUUUUGAUGUAAUAUUGUAAUUAAUAUAACCUUUUAUAUCCUCAAAAGCAAAUAAAGAAAUAUGUUAUUAUAUAUUCCCAUGCAUAUGUUUGGGACAUGUUGGUUUAUAUGUUGAGAUGUAUUAAGCCUGUUUACGUUACCAUUAUUUAAUUGUUUGAAUUUGUCAUUUCUAAGACUCGUUAAAAUAUUAAUAUAGAUUAGCUGAGCCCGCACUUAGAAAUAUAGCGAUAAAAAACAAAAUUAUUUGUGUAGAACUUCUUAAAUUUAAUGUUGGUAUUAGAAGUUAUUAAAAAAAUUAGAAAAUGCAAUAAUAUUUCAUAAGUAGAUGCACUUACUUGUAGUUGAUUGGUAUUUGUGACUGAAUUCUCUUGAAAAAUGUUUUUCUGACUCAAUUUCGGCACUAUAUCCCGCUUUUUAUUUAAAACUUGCAUUUAGGUCGCAAAAGUGAUGUAACUAAAGAGAAUUCGGCAUUUGCAUUUUGAGGAAAAAAGUUUUAGAUAUAAUAUAAAUAAAUUAAAAGAAAAAUAAUUUGAAAAUAAAUAAAUUUAUUAAUGCAUGCAUAUAAAGGAGAAAAUCGUGAUAUGUUUGAAAAAUAUAAAAAUGAAAUGGAGCUUUUUUCCUCAAGCGUACUGUAGGAGCGCAAUAAGUGGUAAUCGUUAGACUCUGUCACCUUGUUAACUAUUUGUAUAGAGUUUUAUAUAUUUAUCGUUUCCUAUUCCUCACAAAAGUGAGUUUUAUUUUUGACCUGUCGUGGCAUUGUAUCUGAAAAUAUAUUCUCUGUGUUUCUAA